AUGGUUGCUUUUAUAGGGCCAAAUAAUAUCGGUCAUCAAUCAAAAGUUUGUGAAAGAAAACGUCUACCAAGUUCACUUCUAUCCAUUACAAUUUCCCAUUUGGAAAACUUUCAACAUUGCUGCAUCCCAAAGACAGCAGAAUUACUUCUGGAUCAUAUUUUUUGCAGCUUUCCAGAUGCGAAACUUUUAGCGACAAUGAAUAGUCUUCUUAAAGGUUGGAUUAAUUCCGUUUCAAGUAACGCCAAUGACUUAAAGCCGUUUGAAAAAACAUAUUCUCCUAAUGUGAUAAGUUCACAUGGUGGUGAUAAAAAUAAUCUCCAAAAUAUUUCACUCCCACCUUUAACUACACCUUUAAGGGAUACAAACAAUUUGCAUAAAAAAGUUUAUGGACAUUCAUUAUCUAAAGCUUUUACACCUGACGACAACUCAUUCACUGAAUACCAUCCUAUUUCUCCGAUUGUAAACUGUGUAAGAUUUGAUGUAAGGGCAUCUGAUCCUGGUCACGACUGUGAAAAUUUAAGUAGUAUGUUAAUUCAAACGGGGAAAUCAAGGAGUCACAGUGUCUCUGAACCAGUUCAUCAUGAGUUGCAUCACCUCAACGGAUAUAACACAACCAAUCAUCAAAGAGAUUCUGGUAAAUCUAACAAUGAUCGUAAUUUGCCUACUACCUCAUAUACUCAACAUUCGGAUCGUGGUGCAUAUUGUUCAUCUACUCGUAUACCCAGUGAUCCAAUAUCGUCUAUCCAACACCAUUGGCCGAUCACAGAAAGUUAUGAUUUAGCUCUUGCUUGUCAACUAGUUUUACUUUUUUUACCACCUGUAAUGUUUUCCCGGUUAAAAAUAAUGGUUGAUUUAUUGCGUCGAGUUCUAUCAAAUCAUGAACGCUUAGCUUCGUGGUUGGUAAACUAUGGUUCACGUGAAAAUAUUGAAAAUAAGUCUGAAAACAUUUUACCAUCCGAUACUCUAUCAUCGUUGGAAAUUACAUUGCAUGUGAUUGUAAAACACUUCGGCCCACUACUUUUACGUGUAUCAAGUGAUUCCGCUGUCAACAAAACAACUUCACGGAUUCGUUGGAGAGAAUGUCUUCUUUGUUUGUUACUUUGUGACCCGGAAAACUUCCUCUUAACAUCACCCAAUAGUUUACAGUCUUGUUUACGAUCUGUAAAUAAUGAUAAUAAUACGACAAGCGAUAAUAUUAAACCAGAACAAGAAAAUAUUCUACACAUUGAAGAGCUUAUUGGAUUAGAUGGUAUCAAGUCACAGGGUUCAAGAAAGUCCGGAUUUGCUCGCUCAUCAUCGUCAUCAUCUUUACCAGCAUUUAUUCCACCAAUCAGAUCAGCAUCCAGUAUUAGUUUAGAUGGUAGAUUGUCAAAAUUAAUUGGAUCACGAGAUAACCUAAUCAAAUUUGCAUCAACUCCUACAAAAAAUGGUAGAAGUAGCAGUUUACAAAACUCUCCACGUUCUACCGAUACUUUUAGUUGUCGUCGUAUAUUUGAUGAAAGUAAUUUAGGUAUUGGAAAUCUAAGUAUAAAAUCACAUUCUACACUUUUUAUCAGUGAAGAGUCUUCCGGCCGGUUUGGUCGUUCCGGGAAUUGGAGUGUAGAAAAUUCUCUGAUUGGUUUAAAUUCAAGUAUAUUUUUUCAGUCUGAUCUAGAUCCCAAACGAUUAGCUGCAUUAGGUAAUACAGCUCAUUUGAUCAAGCUUUUAAAUCAGAUUCUCAAUGACCGUGACAUGAAUCCACGUAGAAAAAUGAAAUGUCUUCAAGAUUUUCGGAAAUCUCAUCCAGAUGUGUAUUGGUUACGCUUUGGUACUGAAGAAAAGGCAUCCAACUAUUUAUCCCGUUUACAACGUCGUAUCGAUUCACAAACUCAACCUAGUGUUUUUGAGCGGAUUACAAAUGCACUACGUCGUCGACUUCAGAGUCCCGUCAAGCAACAGGAUUAG